GGCGAUUCCCUCGGAUCGAGUCGCUAUAAAGCGUGCUCGGCUCCGGGGAAAGAAGUGCACGUUGCAGGAGCUUGUUUCCCUGCUUUUUUUUUGACCGCACGUCGGGGAGAGCGAGAGCGAGAAAGACAACAAUGAGCGGGGACAACGUGCAGAAGAAGCCGGUCCGCCUCAUAGCGGCGGCCUGCAGCGGAGGGGGCAUCGGGAAGGACGGACAAAUGCCCUGGGACCUCCCAUCUGAAUUCCGGUACUUUAGGAACCAUGUUCAGGGGGUGUCGAGACCAGGGAAGAUGAACAUGAUGGUUUGGGGAAAACUGUGCUGGUACUCCGUCCCAAAACCUGAUUUCCCACUGCCCAAUGUCCUGCACGUGGUGCUGAGCAAAACACUGGAGUCAGUUCCAGAUCACGCCCAUUUCUUGUGCGAGGACUUGGACGCCGCUGCCCGUCUGGCUGUGCAGCCCCCCCUCGCCGACUUGAUUGAGACCAUCUGGGUCGUCGGAGGGACGCAGGUCUAUGAGGUUGCGCUGAAGCACCCGUGGUGUGACUUGGUUUACCUGACGGACGUCAUGGCGGACUUUGACUGCAACGUUUUCUUCCCCGAGUUUGACAGAGGACUCUUCAAAGUACAGGAAGGAUUUCCUGGCGUGCCGAGUGAAAUCCAAGAAGAAAACGGCAUUAAAUACAAAUUCCAAGUAUUCAAGAAAGAGACCGGUGAUGCGGUGUAAAAACUAACCGAAAAAAUCCCUGGCAGAAAACCACUCAAUAUGUAUUGCAGGAUCAACUCCUGGAUAGACAAGCUGCGAAAACGCGCAGUAUUAUAUUUUGAAAAGGUACACUCGUAUAGUCUGUGAGCAUUCCAGUGUGAAUAGGAUUGUUAUAGUCUUUGUAAUCCGUGAGAUACUUAAAAAGUUUCCUUCCGUCACCGCUGCUUGGUAGGACAUUUCGAUCUGCUCCGCUUCUCUUCUUUUUUUGUUUUUUUUUUGUUUGUUGUUUUAAAUCUCCUUCCCCCCUCAGUUGUCGGCUCGUCAGCGCUCGUCCUCCUCAGAAUCGCAGCAGCUGCACGGAGAAUAUGCCGGUCGGUGAGUCAGUCGGCGGGACGCGUCGGCGACAGCUUGUGCUCGGUAGUUUUGGUCCUUUUCCAAACCAACGUGGCCGAUGCCAGCUCAGAAAGCCACGAGCGAAUUAUCCCACUGGUCUGCCCGGAUUCUACAAUGACUGUGAUGUUACUCCGAUGUACACCGAGACAUUUUACAGCUUGUCCUUGGUUUUACAACUGGAAUGAGUGGAAUUCCAUUUUAAUUGAGUAUCAAUUGACCUGCGAAUUUUAUUUUCAACUUUUGAAUAAAAUUGCCCAACUGGA